CUCUCUCUCUCUCUCUCUCUCUCUCUCCACAUUUUAACCCUUUAUUCUCUCUUUUCCACCUUACCAUUACACCACCUUCUCUCUCUACAUAUACAUAUUUCAACCUCUUUUCUAGCUUAGAUUACACCACCCUCUCUCUACCUUGCUUCUCUCUCUCUCUCUCUCUCUCUCUCUCUCUCUCUCUCUCUCUCGCAAUAUCUACUCUGCGUAGAAAAUAUUGGCAAACAUGGCCAUCCUUUGCAAGGCAAUGAUAUUGUUGCCGAUUUUACAACUAGCAAUCUCUUUAACAGCUGCCUAUGGUGGUAAUUUCAACCAAGACUUCGACGUAACAUGGGGCGACGGUCGGGCUAAGAUCAUGAACUACGGCCAACUACUCACGCUCUCGCUCGACAAGGCCUCCGGCUCUGGUUUCCAAUCCAAGAACGAGUAUCUCUUUGGAAAGAUCGACAUGCAGCUUAAGCUCGUCCCCGGCAACUCUGCCGGCACCGUUACUGCCUAUUACCUUAAGUCUGCCGGAUCGAAUUGGGACGAGAUCGACUUUGAAUUCCUCGGCAACCUUAGUGGCGAUCCAUACAUUCUCCACACCAACAUCUUCACACAAGGAAAGGGCGACAGAGAGCAGCAAUUCUACUUAUGGUUUGAUCCCACCAGAAACUUCCACACAUACUCCAUCUUAUGGAAUCCUCAACACAUCAUCUUCUCUGUGGAUGGUAGACCUAUCAGAGUAUUUAAAAAUGCUGAGGCCAUUGGUGUUCCGUUCCUUAACAAGCAGCCUAUGAGGAUCUACUCCAGCCUUUGGAAUGCUGAUGACUGGGCCACCAGGGGUGGGCUCAUCAAAACUGAUUGGACGAAAGCGCCCUUCACUGCUGCCUACAGAAACUUCAAUGCAAAUGCAUGUGUGUGGUCGUCCGGCAGUUCUUCUUGCACGUCGGGAUCUUCUUCAUCGUCAUCGAAUGCUUGGCUAACUCAAGAGCUGGAUGUAACUAAUCAUAGAAUGCUUAGAUGGGUGCGAAAGAAUUACAUGAUCUAUAACUACUGCACUGAUUUGAAACGGUUUCCUCAGGGUCUGCCGGCCGAAUGCAAAUUCUAAUUGAAUCAUAAGAAAUUGCAUGUUCGUAUUGUUUUCGUUUUGUGUUUUUAUUCAUUGAAUUUAAAUUCAGUUACAUGGGUGUUGUUCUCUUUGAAUGUACUUGGGUUUUGUAAUAAAAUCAUAUUAAUAAAUUAAUAAAAUGAUAAUUUUUUUAA